GGCGAUUCAAAGAACCAGAGUCAUCUGGUACCCUUUUUCUGCUUUCUGUUGCCCUUUCUCCAAAUUACUGGGAAAUACUCUCUCUGAAGUUAAUUAAAUGGUGGUGGUCUCGGCCUUAUCAGUUCCAAAACCAGAAAUGGUUGUGAUAAAUCCACUGGGGUUACUUUGUUUCAUGAUUUCAACUGCCCCACCACUUCGUCCUGUUAUUCUGUACUAGACUGAAAAACCCAUUUGUACUACCACAUAACUCAAAGAUAGAAAUCUGUCUUUUGGCCAUUUUAAUCUAAUCUUUUCUUUCUAACAAACUCAAGAUAAAUUGAUAUUUCUGAGUUCUUCUUUUUGUGGGGUUGAGAAUCAAACAGAUAAGCCAGAAAUCCACGUUGAAAACCCGGGAGCUUCUGUCUUCUACUCUUCUUUCAGUGAGGCUUCAAGGUUAUGUGUUGGGCGAUGGCCACUGGGCUCCAAAACCAGGAGGGAGUACCAGAAAAUCAUCUGAGAAAACAGCUUGCUUUUGCUGUUAGAAGCAUCCAAUGGAGCUAUGCAAUCUUCUGGUCUAUCUCAACUGGAGGGGUGUUGGAAUGGCGAGAUGGGUACUACAAUGGAGACAUAAAGACCAGGAAAACAUUGCAACCCAGGGAGUUAAAUGCUGACCAAAUGGGAUUGCAAAGGAGUGAACUGUUAAGAGAGCUGUAUGAAUCACUAUCAGCAGGUGAAACCAACCCACAAGCUAGGAGGCCUUCAGCAGCAUUGUCUCCUGAAGACCUCACUGAUGCAGAGUGGUUUUACUUGGUUUGCAUGUCCUUUCAAUUCAACCGUGGACAAGGAUUGCCUGGAAGAGCAUUGGAAAAUGGUCAAACCAUCUGGUUGUGCAGGGCUCCUGAUGCAGAUAGCAAAGUAUUUACACGCUCUCUUCUAGCAAAGAGCGCAUCUAUCCAGACUGUGGUAUGCUUUCCAUUUUUAGGAGGUGUGGUUGAGCUGGGGGUGACUGAUCUGGUUUCAGAAGACUCCAACCUCAUUCAACAAGUUAAGACUUGCUGCUUGGAGUUCCCAAGGCCCAAUUGCAUUGAGCAAUCAGCUUUCAGCCCUCAAAAUGCAGAUAAUGUGGAAGAUCCUCCAUAUGCCAAGGUUGGCCAUGGGAAAAUUGAUGCAAUGGCUUUGGAUCCAGCAAUCCAAUUUGAGACAAAACAAGAGAGUGCAACCCCUGCAUUAGUACCAUCUUACAUUCCUCGAGAAGAAAUCGAGUUCAACCAAGGUCGGAUUGAGGAGUUUCAUACAAAUAUCUGUGAAGACUUAGAGGCAGAUUCCCCCCAUGACAGCUCAAAUGGGUGCGGGGCUCAUCAGCACACUGAAGAUUCCUUCAAACUGGAAGGUGUAAUAAAUGGUAGGGCUUCACAAGUCCAAAGCUGGCAGUACUUGGAUGAUGAGUUCAGUAAUUGCAUGCUUGAUUCCAUGAAUUCUAGUGACUGUAUAUCCCAAACACUUGGGAAUCCUCAAAAUGUAAUCCCUUCUAAGGGUGAAAAAGUAAACAACCUUCGUGUUCAAGAACUUCAAGAAUGCAAUGACACUAAACUAAGCUCAUUGGUCCUCAGAACCGAUGACUUGCAUUACUCAAGGACUCUUUCUGCCAUUUUUAAGAACCCUCACAGUUUGAUUGUAGCACCAUGCGUUCGCAGUGGUAAUCACAAAUCCAGCUUUACAAAUUGGAGAGGACUCGUGGAUCCUCUGCAACCACAGAUUGGCAGACCACAGAAAAUAUUAAAGAAGAUGUUGUUUGAGGUAGCUUGGAUGCACGGCGGUAACUUGAUCAAAUCAGUACAAAGAGCUGGCAAGGAUGGACUCCAGGAAUCAGAAUGCGAUGAUGUUGGUGGGAACCAUGUAUUGUCAGAGAGAAGAAGAAGGGAGAAACUGAAGGAAAAAUUUCAUAUCCUGAAGUCUCUAGUUCCUUCUGUUGGAAAGGUUGACAAAUCAUCUAUCCUUGAUGACACAAUUGACUACCUGAAAGAGCUUGAGAGAAGGGUGGAAGAGUUGGAAUCAUGCAGGGAAUUGGCAGAGUAUGAAGCUAGAACAAGGAGGAAGCACCCAGAUAUAGCAGAGAGGACAUCAGAAAACUAUGUCCAUAGAGACAUUACAAAUGAUAGGAAGACUUCAAUUAACAAGAGAAAGGCUUCUAACAUUGAUGAAACGGAAGUGGAACUUGAUUGGGCUUCAUCAAAAGAUGGUUUGGCAGCCAAUCUUACUGUUGUUAUGAAUGAGAAAGAAGUUCUAAUUGAUAUAAGGUGUCCUUGGAGGGAGUCUUUGUUGCUCCAUAUGUUAGAUGCCAUAAGCAAUCUCAAUUUAGAUGCUCACAUGGUUCAAUCUUCUACAGUGGAUGGCAUUCUUAUACUGUCAAUCAAAUCUGAGUUUAGAGGAACGGCUUUCGCGUCUGCCGGAAUGAUCAAGCAAUCACUUCAGAGAGUCAUUAGUAAGUGUUGAACAUUGUGGCCUUCAGGAGGCUAAAAUUGUUGGGAGAUACUUGCAGUGAUGCCAUUAUAAAUUGGUUUGUUGUUAUUAUGUAAUAAGAGUUUGGUAGUGCCGGUUACUAUAACUUGGUUCAAAGCUCCAGCAUUUGGUGUUUUAUGCACUGAAUCCAGGCUAUCUAUGUGACACUAUAUAGAAGAUCAAAGCUGAUUCUGCUCUUGGGGUUUUGCA